GUUCACCUGCCUUGGAAGCGUGACUCGAGUGCAGCAUCGUGUGAUGUGUAUCGAGUAUUUUAACUUAAAACAAUUGACCACGACAUUUUGGUUUUGGUUAAUGUAGCACAAAGACCUACCAAGACGAGAGAUGUCGCUCAUAGAAGACAUCGUUGAUGUAAUGCAAUGUGUCCUUGAGUAUUUUGGAGUUCCUGCUGAUAUGCUUGUCCCGGUGUGGGACAACCAACUCUGCGGACAAUAUCGAAGCAUCGUCCGGAUGAUAGGCACUAAUUUGCCCCUGAAUCCUUACCCCCGAAUCCACUUCCAAAUUCCUUUGCAAGCCUAUAAGAGACAUGGGUUUCUUGACAUCAGUGUGGACAGUCCAGCGAUUCCUUCUUUUGCCGAUGUCCGCUGGAUAGCUGAGGAUGUGGAAGACCACUUCGCCAAAUUCAGAAAUGCUGCUUCGUUGAAAAGAUGUCAGGUGCCUCAAGUGUUUGUUACACCCCCAGUGGAGAUGGUAGCAGGCCCAGUGUUUUUGACAUCUUCAACCCAGCUAGGUGGCAGGAUGGUGGGGCAAAGGACAAACCCUGAGGCCCUAAAGAAGAUCUCAGCCCUGGAGGAAGAGCUGCUGAAACUGCGUGCACAGAUUGCCAUGAUAGUCACUGCUCCCUCAGGUCCCUCCUCACAUAAGAACGCCCCAGUCUCCCCAUGUCGAUCCCUGCUCCCACCUCCUGUUCAGACCUCCACCCCUCGAGCUGCUCCUCCUCCUCCGCCCCCUCCUCCACCUCCACCUCCUCUUCCUGUCUCUGAUUCUCCAGCACCCUCCGCCCUGGAGACCAUAAAACUGAGGAGGGCGGCGAGCAGAGGCCAGCCCAGGAAAAGUGAGCUGUCGAUGGGCUCAGCCUCCACCAGUCUCCCUUCCAUGCUGGAUGUCCUGAAGGACCUGACCCAGGUCAAACUCCGCACGGUGGAGAGGUCGCCAGGGGGGACCCCAGUGAGGAAGAGGAGGAGCAAGGGCGCCCCGUGUCCGUCGGACCCCGCAGCUUUAAUUGCAGAAGCGCUAAGGAAGAAGUUUGCCCAUCGUCAGCGAGAUGACUCUUUCGAUAAGGAGAACCGAUCGGCUGAGCUGUCGCCCUUCGGAAGUCCUGAGGCUCCAUGUAUCCCUAAGCACAUAAGACGCAGCCAAGGACGAAUUCACCUCUAACCUCUUGACCCCACGGUCACCAACAACCAAUCAUGUGUUUCAUCUGACUACUGCAUACUUCAGGUGCUGCUUUUGGAGUGCUUUUUUAUGUUUGAAUGGUGUUAAAGGGGCCGCCUAGUUGUUGUUGUUGUUGGUUUUUCGACCAUACUCCAUGUGCUCCCGUGCUUCAUAGGUCCUGUUUUUUUUUGUUGAUUUGGUAUUUGUUUACUCUAAGGGGGCGUAAAGUUCAAUAAUGCAGUCAUUUAAGUGAUUUCAACCUAUGCUGUUUUCUUUUUUCCUUUUUACUGUAAAGAGCAUUUUUGUAAAGCUUUGCAAUAACGGAUUCUAUGAUUGCUCUAAGAUGCAGUGACCGUACUGGUCUGCUUGGUUGAAAGCUUUGUAAAUAUGUCAAAAUGUAAGUUAUAAAUUGUAUAUGACUUCAUGUUAUAGGCUGUGGAUGGAAUGAUGCAUAAAAUAUUACCACUUGGGAAACAAGUAGCACAUAGGAGAAACACCAUGUACUCCCUUCAAGAGAGGGGAUUCAUGGGGAUUUAUGUAGAGGGCAACAUAUUAACACUGAGUACCUUUCAAGACUUUGUUCAAAGAAGCCUCGUAAGUCAUCUGGUGUGAACUCUGUAUGAAGUUGUUUUCAAUGUCUUUGUUCAAUUCAGGCAAUAUUCUCUACCAGUGGGCAUCUUUUUCUGCAGAUCUGCAGUACGUUUCAAAACUGUAGCCCUAAUCUAUGCAAAGACUUUGUCUCGGGCGUAUGUUGUUUCUUUUCUUUCUUUGCUUUUCUUGGCCACUCCUGUGCUCUCCUUGGAAGUGCGCGCCUGGGACAGUCAUGCAUGUUGGCCAAAAGCCUGCAGCAUCUGCUGCGCACUCCCAAUGUCGCAGAUAACGGCAGCUAAACUGAUCUCAGUCCAGCAAGGGCACCUUCUGUUUACUUUUUCCUCCAAGGCAACCACACUGAAAAACAAUGUUGCAAACGGUGCUAAAGCAUAGGAUUUUGUUGCGUUCAGUCUUAUUCUGGAGAGAUGCAGCUAUAUUGGUGGAUGACCAUCUCCUACUUCUCAUGCUGUCAGAAGUUUCAGAAUUUGAGCUACCAGCUGUGGAAUGAAGGAGUGGAAUGACUGGAUGUAAACUGUAGUGGUUGUGUCUGACCUGCCUCCUGAACUUGACUCCUGAUUAAACUCUCAUCUUGGGUUCUGUGAGAAGAGGAGAAUCCUGUUUGAGAUUGUGAGCCUGCCUGACUUGUGAGAAACUUGCGAGACUGUGAGUCUGGGGUAAGAGAUUGUGUGUGUGUGUGUCUGUGUGUCUGUGUGUCUGUGU